AUGAGUGACACGGAUUGUACGCAUACAGGCAGUGAGCCCUCCUUCUCAAACGAUAUAGAGCGGAAUUCACCAAAUAAUGGCUCCUUUCUUGUGCACUCGAAUAAAACUUUUACUCACGGCCAGCCUCCAAAAGUUGACAAUAAGAUCCUGGGCCGUCAGAGGCGCCGGAGAACAAGCCCCGAAGACUAUGCGAUCCUCGAGGCAGAAUACCAACGAAACCCAAAGCCGGAUAAAGUGACCAGAGCAAGCAUCGUGAGCAGAGUUUCCCUUGGUGACAAGGAAGUCCAAAUUUGGUUUCAGAACCGUCGACAGAACGACCGGCGAAGGUCUAAGCCUCUUCCAACCCACGAGACCGGAUCUUCGAUUCCCAAAACCCCAAACGCAGCGAAUACGGACACCCAGAAAGGCAAAUCUGAGGACGAGGCAGACACGAACCUGCACUGCCCUAACAGGAGCUUGAGUCCGUGUGAUGAUCCUGAAGUAUGUCCACAGAGGGCCAGCUCCUCAGCUGCAGAACUUUCGAGUGAACAUCGCGAUAAUGAAUCUGAGGAGUCCGAUUCGCUUCGAGUUGCAAGCUCCCAGGAUACAGUCGCUACUAUACAAACUGAGAGACUGGAGGGCAUUUGCACCAGUGUAGAUGCCCUGGAAACACCCACAACCCAAGUUGGCGCCCCACAUAGCGAUCAACAAAGUUCCGGGCGGAAGAGGAAAUGGGAUGAGAUUGAUGUCGAUCAAUCUGUCGAGGCCAAAUAUGCAAGGAGGUCGUUGCCUUCACAAUUAGCGACACCUCCUUCUCUUCGGAUAUCUUUAUCUUUCGAUGGCGAGGCGAUGGUUAGAUUGGAAGGCGAGAAAACCCCAUCGCCCCCAAAGCCUCGGGACUCCCUUCGAAUUUCGUUUUCAGCCGAUGGGGAAGCAGUUGUGAGGACCGCGAGUGAGCCUUCUCCCUCAAAGUCUACCUCUGUACAAGCUAGACAAGCCCGAUUUGCGCAUUUGCGUCGUAGCGCAAGUGCAAUAGCCUUCCCAACGAUACGAGGCACAGUGCGAGGAAAAGAUCAAAAGUCGUUCGGGAGAUCUCGUGAUGCUCGUACAUGGGAGCUUCACUGUGAUGAUGACGCUCGCACUGCACUUUCUACAGCCUUGAAUACAAGGACGGAUUCUGCCGCUCGGGAUAGUUUAUGGCGGCGCGAUCCCCCGUUGAAGAUUUCAAAGCCGUUGGCCCCUGGAUCUGACCUCCAUAACGAGAGUUCGGAACCGCAGGUUCCGGCUGGCAAGCGGAAGAAGCUAACGAGGGCUAUGUCUUCACUUGCUCGUCUAGAAACUGGUACGAAAGCUCCCAUAAGUUCGGGAAAAAAGAGUAAAACGUUUGGAAAUGAGAUGAAUGAAAACUCGGGCGAUUCAGACAAAGAAAACUGGAUUCCCGGUACACAAAUUUCCAGUGCUCGAACGCGAGCCACCCAGAAACAGCCCAUUCGGAGCCGCGGCCGUCGAGUAUUGGGACAGUCAAGCAAACAGCUUGAAGCGAAACCUACCGGCGCUCGCCUCAAGCGAGCCAGAAGUGCCAAGAUGUCGCGCGGAAAUACUCAGCAAGAAGAAUGUGAUGCUGCUGGUGAACAUGGAGAAGUGCCUGGGUUUCUAAAAGUGUCGGAAUCAAAUCCAGAAGAAGAUUUGGACUGUGUCCAAGGGUUGUUGUCCUUGAGCCAGGGGGCUUGGAGAUAG